AUAAGUCUUCUGUUUUUUUUUUUUUUUCAUGUGAGAUUUUCUCCUUUAAUUCAAAUUAAGGUUUAAAUUUUUUAAGUCUACACCUAAUAAACUUCAGCAAAAGUACCUUGUAUGGUAUUAAUAUUGAGGAGAAUUGGCUUAAUAUGGCUGCCUCUACCCUUAAUUCAAAGUGUGGGCGCCUGCCCUUCCUUUACUUGGGACUCCCUGUUGGUGGCAACCCUCAUCAUCUCAGAUUCUGGAAACCAGUGGUUGAGAAGUUCCAGUCUAAGUUGGCAACCUGGAAGGGAAAGCUCUUAUCAUUUGGAGGGCGCAUCACACUCCUCACGUCGGUACUUUCGGCUCUCCCUCUUUUUUACCUUUCUAUUUUUAAGGUCCCUAAAGGUGUUGUUAGUGAGUUAGAGAAAAUACAAAAAAACUUUUUGUGGGGGAGUUCAAACGACUAUAAUAAGAUUGCUUGGGUUAAUUGGGGGAGAGUUUGCCUUGCGAAAUCAAAGGGAGGGCUUGGCAUCCCAAACCUUUCUACUAGGAAUUCUGCUUUACUAGGAAAAUGGUGGAAUAAUUUUUAUGAUGCUGAAGGAAAUGAGAAAUUAUGGAAAAAAAUUAUUGUUAAAAAAUAUUAUGAUGGAGUUUCUUCUACUUCUAUCUCUAACACUACCUCUUUGAGCCUCUCUCCCUUUUGGAAGGAUAUCUUAUCUAUUGGCAGGGAUUGUGAUAGAGCUUUUGGGUGUUUUGAUGAUGGUUUUAUCCGUAAGGUUGGUGAUGGCUCAAACACUAGAUUUUGGAAGGAUGCUUGGAUGUGCAGCUCUCCGUUGAUGUUUUCUUUCCCUCGCCUUUUUUGCCUUACAUUAAGCAAGGAUGCUUUGGUUGCCGAAUUGAAGCUGGGUAAUGCAGAUGGGUGGGCUUUUCAGUGGCGCAGACCUCCCUUCGGUAAAGAAUUGGAUGAGCUUGAGAGGCUUGAAGAUUCUCUUCGAAAUGUUAUUUUAUCAGACGGAAGGCUUGACAAGUUCAUUUGGAAGCACUGCUCAACAGGUUAUUCCUCCAAGCAAGCUUACAAAUUUCUUGAUGAUUUCCCUCUGUGCCUUGAUGAGAAAUGUUGCAAGUGUGUCGAUUUUCCCAAAACAUCUGGACUCGAUUAUGCUGCUGGUGGGGAACUACUUUUUCUCCCAUUGGUAACGCCUCCCUCCUCCUUUUGAAACUUUGUUCACUUAAGUCUGGCAUAAAAUCUCAAAGUUGUUGGGUGCUUUCUGUUGUUACAACAGCAUGGGCCAUUUAGUAUUUUCGUAAUGGUAUCGUGUUUAACAACCUUACUUGGAAUGAAAAUACUAUCUUUGA